AUGCAGAUUAGCUUACUCUGGAAGGCUCCGGCCAUUAACCCGAUCAACCGCAAAGCCCAAUCAAUCCCCGUACUGAACCCCUUUGACCCUUAUGGUCGGACCUUUUUCUUCUCAACCUUUGGUUUUAUGAUUGCGUUCCUGUCGUGGUAUGCCUUUCCACCAUUGAUGACAAAAACCAUCAAGGGCGAUCUUCACCUCACACAAAAUGAGGUUGCUAACUCAAACGUCCUCGCUCUUGUGGCAACUCUUCUUGUCCGUCUAAUCAUUGGCCCUCUUUGUGAUCGAUUUGGAGCAAGGCUCUGCUUUGCUGGUGUUCUUCUCGCGGGUGCUGUUCCCACUGCAUUGGCUGGACUCGUAACAAAUGCACCUGGUCUUCUUACAUUAAGAUUUUUCGUCGGUAUCCUUGGUGCCUCGUUCGUUCCUUGCCAAGUAUGGUCGACAGGAUUUUUUGACAAGAAUGUUGUCGGCUCGGCCAAUGCCCUCAUGGCCGGUAUUGGAAAUGCUGGCGGUGGCAUUACUUACUUCAUCAUGCCCGCUCUCUUCGACUCGCUCGUUAAGGACCAGGGCCUGACCCCCCACAAAGCAUGGCGUGUCGCUUUCGUUGUCCCAUUCAUCCUCAUCAUGUCUAUCGCUCUCGGUAUGCUCUUCUUCUGUGAGGACACUCCCACCGGUGCCUGGGCCGACCGCCACAACGCCGUUCAAAAUGCCUCCGCCUCCAGCAACACCACCCUCUCUGGCACCAUCGUCGACGCGUCCGGAAAGAUCUCCAACACCCCCGAAUACGAAGUCCCAGAGAAGAAAUCGCUCGACGAGAAGAAAAAGACCGAGGACUCCGACCCUGAAUACGCCACCGCCAGCCAGGACAUCGAGUUGAUUGUACAAAGCGAAGUCAUUGUCAAGCCAACAUUUAAGGAAGCCCUUAGAGUCAUCUUCUCGUGGCAGUGUCUUAUGCUUGCUGCACCGUAUGCUUGCUCGUUCGGUGGCGAACUUGCGAUUAACUCGAUCCUUGGUGCUUACUACAACAAGAACUUCCCAUACCUUGGACAAACCAACUCUGGACGCUGGGCUGCGAUGUUUGGGCUACUCAAUGUGUUCUUUAGACCUGCCGGUGGAAUCAUUGCCGACAUCUUGUACAGAAAGACAAACAGUGUUGCUGUGAAGAAGUGGUGGUUGAUCUUCGUAGGAUGCUCCCAAGGUGCCAUGUGCCUUGCAAUCGGAAUUCUCAACCCCAAGAGUGAGGCAGCCAUGUUUGGACUGGUUGCUGGAUUGGCGUUCUUCAUGGAUGCCGCUAAUGGAGCAAACUUUGCCAUCGUGCCUCAUGUGCAUCCAUUUGCCAAUGGUAUCCUCUCUGGUGUCGUUGGUGCAACCGGAAACUUUGGUGGUAUAAUCUUUUCCGUCAUCUUCCGCUACAACGGUACGCAAUAUGACAAAGUCAUCAUGAUUAUUGGCGCCAUUUGCAUUGGCGUAAAUAUGAGUGUUUCUUGGAUUCCGCCUAUUCCUAAGGGACAGAUUGGUGGACGAUAG